AUGCAGGGAACCCAGCGACCGCCCGCUACACAGCCAAGGGUAGCCUUCCCCAGCGGUCGGAGCUCCCGGGUAGUGGGAGUUCAGCAAAAGCCGCUGUGCUAUCGACAAACCGUCCCGACUCCCCACCCCCUUCUUCUCGGAGCUGCACAUCCCGUCAGAGCCGGGACGCGACGACGAGGAUCUGGGGAGCAAGUCGUGGGGGCCACUUGGCUCGCAUCGCCAGACACGGCGCCGCGGAUGGAGCCAAAGACCACCUUUCCCCUCAAGCCGAGGGCCUGCCAGCAGCUCCCCACGGCACCAGGGAGCAGCACAGCCCCUGCGGCCGUUCGUGGCCACUCACCCGCCGCCCCACUCCCGGCAGCCGGACAGAAGCAGUACCAGCUCCGCGGAGGCGAAGGCGGCGUCUCCUCAGGCCGGAUGCGACUAGUCAGCCUCAGCGCCGCGCAGCGCGGCGCGGCCAGCGGAAGCUCUCCUUGUGGAAAGCGCUGCCCGGGGAUUGGCUGA